CGGUAGGCAAAUGAAAUUUUCUAAUACAUUUUGACCUGCAAAAACCAAAAACAGAGCCAUGCGACAUUGUGCAUCCAACAGCAACAGAAACCGCCUGUAUUACCUAAAAAUAACAUUUUUAUUGUAGGGACUUUCAUUGUCUCAGUAACACUAAUCUGCAGAUAAACAAGUUGUUUUGAAACAUUUAUGGUUUGAUAGUACUAUCUACAUUUUUCUAAAAGCUAACGUUAGUUCUAUACCUAAAUCUUUCAAUCUUUGCCACGGAAUGUCUGGUUUCACGAAAAUAUUAUUCACAGUCAUAUGCUGUACUACAGUAUAUCAAAGUGUUACCUUGGAGCAACCCGUUGUUGACACACCCUACGGUAGGGUGGCAGGAACAUAUUUAACGUCAUAUUCUGGAAGAAGAUUUUCUCAAUUCUUAAGCGUGCCUUAUGCGAAACCACCAGUGGGAGAAUUACGCUUCGAAGAGCCACAACGUAUCGAGCCAUGGCAAGGGGUUUGGCAAGCCAAUUUCUCAACCGUCUGCGCCCAACUGGACCACUUAAUUGGUGGAAGUAUUAACGGGCAGGAGGACUGUCUCUACCUCAACAUCUACGCACCACAAACCGACAGUAAUGACCCUUUGGACGUCAUCAUCGACAUACACGGUGGAGGUUUCAAUUUUGGAUCGUCAACCAGUUACUCCGGUCCUCAUUACCUGAUGGACAGGGAUGUCGUGUUCGUCACGGUCAAUUACCGCCUCGGAAUAUUCGGUUUUUUAAGCACCGAAGACGAGGUUGUCCCCGGAAAUAAUGGCAUGAAGGAUCAGGUUAUGGCGAUUCAGUGGGUUAACGACAAUAUUGGUUACUUCGGAGGAAAUCCCAAUUCUAUAACGCUGACGGGUCUAUCGGCGGGCGGAGCAAGUGUGCAUCUCCAUUUCCUGUCGCCACUUUCCAAGGGGUUGUUUAAGGGGGGUAUUUCUUUAAGCGGAAAUGCUCUCUGCCCGUGGGUUUUCCAAGACCAUCCGCUGCAGCGAGCGCGGGAGGUGGGUUCUUUGGUUGGGUGCGCGCAAGAGUCUACAGCAAGUCUAGUCAGUUGUCUGAAACAGCGAUCUGUCACACAAGUGCUUGAAGGCGUACGUCCGCAGCAUGCGUGGAUGUACAAUCCCUUUUCACCUUUCGGGAUCGUUGCUGAAAGGCACGGGAGACGACCCUUUCUGCCAGACCACCCAUAUGAAUUACUUCGAAGUGGCAAAGUGCAGGAUUUACCUUGGAUAACUUCCCUCGUAAAACACGAGGGGCUCUACCCUGUCGCUGAUUUCAUGAACGAUGACAUUCUGAUGGAACUGGAAAGAAGGUGGAAUGAACUGAUGCCUUAUAUCAUGCAUUACUCCCAGACGGUACCGAUAAAGUCGCAGGCCGACGUUUCCCAGAAGAUAAAGGAUUUUUAUUUUCAUGGUCAACCCCUGUCAAUGGGCUCAUUUGAAAACCUCAUCGAAAUAGGAAGCGACCGACUAUUUGCAGUCGACGCUGAAAAAUCCCUACGACUUCAGGCUUCCUCAAAUUUAUCUCCGACCUAUUAUUACUACUUCACUUAUGAAAGCGAGAAGGUUUUCAGUUUCGCUGAAUACUUCCUCAAAAGUGAUAAGCGGAUUGGUAUUUGCCACGGAGACGACCUGUCGUUCAUAUUUUACAACUACCACGGUCUAUCGAAAUACACAUCGAAAGACGAGAAGAUGAAAAAUAUACUUUUGGAUAUUUGGACCAGCUUUGCCAAAACUGGGGUGCCGAAGGUUCAAGGGGUUGAAUGGAAACCUGUGUCAAGGAAUGCAAAGUCUGACAUAGUGUACUUGGAUAUCAGAUCUCCAGACGAAAUUCAGGUUAGAGAGGUUUCUGAAAUGGGCCAUCGGUCAUUUUGGGAUUCGCUUGGGAUACAAGAAAAUGAAAAUCUAUUUAAAAGCAAAAAAGAAGAACUGUAAAUAGAAAAUGAUUAUCUUGUUAAGGGGUAGUUUUUGCUGGAACUAUAUGUAUUCUGUAAUUUAUGUCAUUUCAUAAAAGAAAAUAAGGAAGAGGUUUUACUUUGA